GCUGCUCUCCUUCGCCUCAGUAGCGCCGGGCGUCUCGACGCGGCAGCACGUUGCGUUGGGGGUUUUGACAUCGCGGGCUCCGAUCGCGAAUUCAGUGUAAUAUCCUCAAUCUCACCCUUUCUCUCUCUCUCUCUCUCUAUCUAUCUCUUUCUCUCUCUUUCUCUUUCUCUCUCUGUUCGUCGAGUGUCUGUCUGUCUGUCUCUUUCUAUUUCUCGUUUUCCAUCCCCCGCCGCUAACCCCGCGCAGCCCUCAUCAAGCAUCUCGAGGGUUCACGGUGGGACCCGCCCACCCGCGCGCGAGUGACUUUCCUCUUUCUUUCCCUCUCCCCCCCACCUUCUCCCCCCCCCUCUCUUCGGCGUUGAUUCCAACCCUCUCUUCUCUCUGUCGCGAAACAGCAGCAUCGCGACGCGUGCAGUCGCGAAAGUUCGCAGGCGAGAAGGGGUUGAUCGUCGUCGCGGACGACGUCCUUUUUCCGUGGCCCCUUUUUUUUCCCCGUUUCUCUCCUACUUCCGCGGUCUCGCCCACGGCUCCCCGGUAGCGCCCCGUUUGACCAGGGACCACGACGACGACGACGACGACGACGACGAGGACGAGGACGAGGACGAGGGAGACCUGUCGCCGUUAUGGGGGAGGACCUGCCCUCCGGAGACGCCCGGCGCGGUUAGUUCCAGGUGGAACCGAGCGGGCUCUCCUCUCGCGAAGGCGUAGCGCCAGGUGUAGCGGCACUCGCAAGUGACACGGCAGUGGCGGUGGGUUUCCGUCCGUCCGUCCGUCCGUUCGUUCGGGAUCGCGCGAGUGAUCGUCGGGCGACCGAGACCGGUUUGUUUUCGUGCGCCCGGCAACGCACGGGACAGCGGCUCGCGGAGGCGCCGACACCGUGUGACACCGUGUGUGAGCGGCGAGGGUCUGUCCUCGGGGGGUGGUGCGUUUGGUGUGUGCUUUGGAUCUCCGUGUGACUCCGUGUGCCUCUGUGUCGGAUAUAUCUAUCUAUCUCUCUCCCUCUGUCGUGCGUUAACCCCCGGGUCUUCCCGAGUGUGUGAUUAGAGGAUUACGCGAAGAGGAGGUCCCCUCACCCGGAGGGGAGGGGUAGUGCGACACCGUUGUGCGUGACAUUGUUGUUUCUCUCUCGAGCGGCCCGAUCGAGGGAAGGAUUUUAAGCGGCCGUCGUCGUCGAGUUAUGGCCGUGAUGGGGACGACGCUGGUAUUUCGUCCGGACGGCGACGAUCGCGGCGGAAGAUCGCGCCGCUGGCACCCUCGGGCGAGCAGGGUGAGGAGCUGCGGCCGCCGAUCGUCGUGGGGAUCGCCCGGGAUCAAGCGCGAAUCGGCCGCGGCGAAGCGCGGUGCGGGUUCCGGAAAGUUUCUUCUGGUUGGCGCUGUCCUGGCCAUACAGUUCGUCGGCGCGGCGGCGAUAUCCAGCAAGGUGGGCGGUGACAUCAGAGUGGAGUUUAAGAUGCCAAAAGAGGCCGAGGUGGGUUCGUCGAUCGAGCUGAGAUGCGAAUGGCAGAUACUGGGUGGCAGCAACCUCUACUCGGUUAAAUGGUACAAGGAUGAUCACGAGUUCUUCCGAUACAUGCCGGACAGCGACCAGAGGACCCAGAUAUUCCCACGUCCCGGCGUGAAAGUCGAGCCACGGCCGAACAACGAGCAGAAAUGGAUAAGAUUGAGGGACCUCGGCCUGGAGAGCUCCGGCCAAUACAAAUGCGAGGUCUCCACCGAGGCGCCAUCCUUCGCCACCACUUAUCAGACGGCCAAUCUGACGGUGAUUUCGCUUCCGGAGAGGGGACCGGAAAUCACAGGCCUGUCCAUGCAGUACGCCGUCGGCGAGAACGUGACUGCCAACUGCAGUGCCUGGCCGUCCGUGCCUAAGGCCAAUCUACGUUGGACCAUCAACGGCGAACCGGUACCACUCGAGAACGUUGUCCAGCACCCGCCGUUGGCGCCGCUGAGCACCGGAGACAUUCCCAACAGUCUGGGGCUGCGACUGGAGGUCGAGCACCGGCAUUUCACGAACGGCGGACAGGUCAGGAUCAAAUGCAUCGCCCAGGUCGGCUCGCGCAUGUACGACGUCGAGCGUAGCGCGAUGAAGGCGUACGUGAAUAACCAGAGGCUCAGCGCCGGUGAUAUACACGCGGGUGCGCGCAGCAUCCGUCCCGGCUUCCUCACACCGCUCCUGACGGCGAUCCUCGCGCUCGUUCUACUCACAACGUGACCUAUCGGCCUCCUCGCGUGAGUCGGCCUCCACAAAUUGGAAUUACGUUGUGGCGCGCGCUCCAGAAACGCGCGACAGGUUCAGUGUCAGUUGUCCGAUCCUUAAAUAUAAAGUUAGGCUUAGCGAUUAAGCUACGAUUAAUCAGCCGAUCGGCUCCGCUCUCGCUCCGACCACGCUCUCUCACCAUCAGCGGUGCGCUGCUGUCAUAUUUGCUUGUCGGCAGAUUGCAAAUGGAAGACAUAAAGAAACACGUGGAAACAAUCUCGAUGAAAACGAGAUGAUUAUAAAGAUUGUAAGAAACUAAUUUCUGUCAAUUUUAUUGUGGCACAUUAAUUGUUUAAUUACGUCUAAAAGAUAUAUCAUUAUAUUAGUUUUCUAUUUUAUUCAACAUUGAGAUUAUUAUAUGUAAUUUAAAUAUGUUUUAUAUGAAGAGAGGAAGACUCGUUUUGAAGUUAAUAUUACCACGGCGGUAAUUUUAGGAAGGAAUUUUGGACGAAGGUACCAUUUAUCUUAAGCAAUUUUUUAGAUCAGCAUACCUUGUCAAACGACUACCUCGCUAAAAGUUUCCCCGUAAUUUUGUUGAAGGUUCCUCUCCCUUUCUCUCUCUCUCUCUCUCUCUCUCUCUCUCUUCCUCUAUCUCCACAUUUGAUUUCUCCUUAUUAUAUUAAACUCUCAAUCUUUUUAACGAGUUUCAGAUCCGGGAGACUCUUUAAAGUUCCAUUGCGGCUCGCAGUCGUCAUUAACUUAACAUUGAAGUUUUAGGAUUUUACUGCUAAUAGUAAAUGUCACAAGUCUGAUAUCGCGUUCACAAAAUUGUCGAAUAAUAAUAAUAAAUUAAGGACUUUUAAACUUGUAUCCUCUUGAAUUUACUAUUAUAUAUUACAUAUGUAAUUUAAAAAGUGCUUUGUACGAAGGAGAAAGAAUCGUUUCAAAGUUAAUAUUAUCACAGCGAUAAUUUUAAAUUACAUUCGUAUAUCUCUUAAACGAAAUUUAUUAAGAUUUCAAGUUUUUCCGACGUUUAAAUAAAAUUUACCGUUAAACGUUUGACAAUUCAGUGCUUAAUCCACGAUUCAUUGUAUCUUCGCGUAAUAAAGUCCGUUCUAUUUUACACCCCGGCAAUUACCGUCGUGGGGUUUAGACAGAACUAGCCCCGUACUUCAUAUAGCAUGCAUGUCGUACCGCGGAGAUAUAAAUUCUAGCGCAGCGCGUGCAAAUUCCGUUUUACGACACGCAUGAGAUUAACUACCGAAACGCGUAUAAGUCACUACGCCACACGGCGAAACGCGAAUUACGUAUGAAUCGAUAAAUGGAUUUGCCGUGCCGGCAUCAACAGAACGAGAUUAAUAAUUCGGACGGCUCGCAUUGGAAAAUUGCAAAUGCGCGCGAUCGCCACGCACGGGUAUACAGAAAUAAUAAUAAUUCUAUUGAAAGGGAGGCGUCUCCCUUACGGGAUCGCGUAAAAAUUUAACUCGUAAUUAUUUCUACAAAAACAAUUUGUGUGCCGUCGGUGCAACAUGAAUAAUGACCAAAUAAACGUCGAAAAUCCAAACCCGACGCGACGCAUUCAUCUCGCCGCGCGCGCGUAAUAAAAACAUAUAAUGUUGAAUUCGAAAUUAGUACACCAAUAUUUUAUUAUCGGCGUCGCAUUCACUCGGCGGAAGUUUCCAAUUGACAAUUCAAUUUUCGCGAUUUUCCAAAAUUCUUUUGUCAAAAAAAGCGUAAUCGGCGAAGCGACGUGUGGCAUUCUGUCCGCGGAUAUAGCCAUUUUCAUUCUCGCAUUAUUAUAGUUUCAUCGUGAAAUUUCGCGCGGGAUUUUCCAUGACGACGCACAAUUCGGCGAAACGCCUGGCGAUCUUUGGACGCGUCACGUACGACCGUCCGACAAAUCCGACGGGUUUUCACUCCGCCGAGUGCAGGCGCGGCUGUUUCACGUGUUUCGCCGCCGACGACAAAGAGCGUUUGGUCACGAGAGAAGCGAGCGUACGCGAAGCGCAAAGAAAUAAGGGAAAAUCCUGAAAGAAAGGAUUCCGCGCGAGAGGCGGUCCAUUCGACCUGCCUCUUCGGCGAAGACGCUAUAAAAAGAGACGAGCAAGCGUGACAGGAAAGUAAGAGAGUGCGCGUGGAGAGCAAUGGAGUGCGGACACGGAGAAAGUGAAACGAACUGUUCGUGCAAGCCGCGCAGGGGGUGAAA